AUGUCGACAGUACUGGUAACUGGUGGCGCUGGGUUCCUUGGAUCUCAUCUUGUCAGCCUAUUGCUCGAGAAAGGACAUACGGUCACCGCCAUUGACUCACUGUGGACUGGCUAUUCUGAGAAUAUAGUCAGACUUGAGAAUCACCUAAGUUUCAAAUUUAUACAUGGUACUAAGAAUGUGUUGGACCUUGGUGCGAAGACAGGUGCAAGGGUCUUGUUGGCCAGCACUUCGGAGGUCUAUGGCGACCCCCUCGUUUGCCCUCAGCCUGAAACUUACUGGGGCAACGUCAACUCAUUCGGACCUAGAUCUUGCUAUGAUGAGGGUAAGCGUGUAGCCGAGGCGCUCGCCUAUGGCUACCGCCUCCAGCGAGGGGUUGAUUUGCGCAUCGCAAGGAUCUUCAACGCCUACGGGCCCGGAAUCCACCCUGCGGAUGGCCGAGUCGUUCCCAACUUCAUCGCCGCUGCGCUAGCAGGGAAGCCCAUCAGCAUCACGGGCGACGGCACAGCCAGCCGGUGUUUUCAGUACGGAGCAGAUUGUGUGGCAGGCCUGCACAAGCUCAUGGAGAGCUCGGUCCUUUCGCCGGUCAAUAUUGGCCGUGAAGAGGAGACAACCAUCGGGGAGAUCGCCAACAUCAUCAAUGAGAUUGUGGCGCGCAAGACUGGAAAGCCUCGUGUCCCAAUCCGUUUCUUGCCCAGGCCGGAUGAUGACCCCUACCGUCGCGUCCCUGAUGCCUCCAAGGCGCGGUCGAUGCUUCAUCAUGAGGCCGAAACGGGCCUCCGGGAGGGACUCGACCGCACAGUUGACUGGUUCAUGACUCUACCAGGGACUGCGAAGUUGUAG